GAAAUAGAAAAAUUAGCAUGGAUCCCAAAUCACCUAGAAGGACCAAAUGCGAGCAAACGGAACGGAAUUCAAUUUCUCCCUGAACCCGGAAGUUCUGAAAGGCGGACCUUUCCAAAUCCCGCUCUUUUUUUCUUCAAUUCAGUUCUUCGUGGCUUUGUGCUGUGGGAUCUUCAAUUCAAACACCCCCAAUCUCAACACUGCCAUGCUUCAGAUACACAAUCACAUCCUUUCAUCAUUCUCUUCUUAUCUAACGCAUACUCUUCCUUCGUAGACUGGAGCUGAGGCUAGAGGAAACUAGUUAGUCAAUGUCAAGAUGCACCACCACUAUCAAAAAACUCAGGCAUUCCUGCCUUGGAUUAUUAGUGAAACGCCCAAAACUGAACCCCACAUCACACUGCAUCAGAGUUGGCCUAUUUUCAUCAUCAUCGCCAUCCCAACUGGAGAACAUUCUCCUGGUGGCAUUUCUAACCAAGAACCUCUCUGAGUCUGGCACUCGUAAUCUCGACCCAGAUACCAUUCCUCUUUCAGAGCAUUUUGUUCUUCAAAUCCUACGAAAAAGCUCGCUUCACGUCUCUAGGAAAAUUGAUUUCUUCAAAUGGUGUUCUCUCAGACAUAAUUACAAGCACUCUGAGUGCACCUAUUCGCACAUGUUUCGCACUUUGUGCCGCGCUGGGUACCUUGAGGAGGUCCCCAAUUUUCUAAAUUCAAUGAAGGAUGAUGGUGUAGUUGUUAGUUCUGAUACCUUUAAGUUUCUACUAGAUGCAUUUAUUCGAUCGGGUAAAUUUGACUUUGCACUUGAGAUCCUUGAUCACAUGGAGAAAUUAGGAACUAAUUUGAAUACCCACAUAUAUGACUCUGUCAUUGUGGCACUGGCUAGGAAAAAUCAGGUAGGUUUGGCCUUGUCCAUCUUCUUUAAGCACCUGGAAGCUUCCAAUGGUAUGGACAAAGAGGAUGCUGCUGGUAAUGUUGUUGGUGUUUCACUGCCUGGUUCCAUUGCAUGUAAUGCAUUGUUUGCUGCACUUAGAAAGGCAGACAUGAGGGAAGAAUUCAGAAAGGUUUUUGACAAACUGAGGGCAAAGGGCUUUGAGUUGGAUACAUGGGGUUACAAUAUUUCCAUUCAUGCAUUUGGUUGUUGGGGUGAUCUGGCCACCGCAUUAAGGCUUUUCAAAGAGAUGAAGGAAAAGAGUUUGGGUUCUGGAUCAUUUGGUCCUGAUUUGUGCACGUAUAAUAGCCUCAUUCAUGUACUAUGCUUGCAUGGAAAGGUGAAAGAUGCAUCGAUUGUUUAUGAGGAAUUGAAAGUAUCUGGUCAUGAGCCCGAUUCCUUUACAUAUCAAAUACUUAUUCAGGGUUGCUCUAAAUCAUGUCGAAUGAAUGAUGCAGCAAAGAUAUUUAGCGAGAUGCAGUACAAUGGGUUCCUUCCAGAUACCAAGGUGUACAAUUCUCUCCUUGAUGGGAUGUUCAAGGCAAGGAAAGUAAUGGAAGCAUGCCAGUUGUUUGAGAAGAUGGUUCAGGAUGGAGUGAGGGCCUCAUCCUGGACAUACAAUAUUUUGAUUGAUGGGUUGUGUAAGAAUGGUAGGGCUGAGGCCGGUUACAGUUUAUUUUGUGACCUGAAGAAGAAGGGCAAGUUUGUGGAUGCCGUUACUUACAGCAUUGUUGUGCUACUACUUUGUAGGGAAGGUCAACUUGAGAAAGCACUACUCUUGGUGGAAGAAAUGGAGGAGAGAGGCUUUGUUGUUGACCUAGUUACUAUAACGUCACUCUUGAUUGAAUUUCAUAAACAAGGUAGGUGGGACUGCACAGAGAAGUUAAUGAAGCACAUAAGAUACGGUAAUCUAGUACCAAAUGUUCUCAACUGGCAGGCGAACAUGGAGGCUUCAUUGAAAAAUCCGCAGAGCGGAAGAAAGGACUAUACACCCAUGUUCCCAUCUAAUGGCAACCUUAAUGAGAUUAUGAGUUUAUUAAGAUACCCUUACUUAGAGAACCGUAGUUCAGAUGGUAGUGCAGUUGAGGAUGAGAACAGUUCAUCUAGUGAAACUGAUCGGUGGUCAUCAUCCCCAUAUAUGGAUCAUUUAGCCAAUCAAGUUGAGUCUACUGAUCAUUCUUCUCAGCUAUUUUCACUGGCUAGAGGCCGAAGAGUUCAAGUUAAGAGGAUAGACUCUUUUGAUAUUGAUAUGGUUAACACUUUCUUGUCCAUAUUUUUGGCCAAGGGAAAGCUGAGCUUGGCUUGCAAGUUGUUUGAGAUAUUCAGUGAUAUGGGUGUGAACCCCGUGAGUUACACGUACAAUUCUAUCAUGAGUUCUUUUGUCAAGAAAGGCUAUUUUAGUGAGGCAUGGGAUGUCCUUAAUGAAAUGGGUGAAAAGUUUUGCCCCGCAGAUAUAGCAACAUAUAAUAUGAUAAUUCAAGGGUUGGGAAAGAUGGGAAGGGCAGAUCUUGCCAGCUCUGUUCUAGAUAAGCUAAUGAAGCAAGGUGGUUACCUUGACACAGUUAUGUACAACACCCUGAUUAACGCAUUGGGGAAGGCUGGCAGGAUUGAUGAAGCUAAAGUGCUUUUUGAACAGAUGAAAAGCAGUGGAAUAAAUCCCGAUGUGGUCACUUACAAUACUCUGAUUGAAGUUCAUAGCAAGGCAGGUCGUUUGAAGGACGCAUAUAAGUUCUUAAAAAUGAUGCUGGAUGCUGGCUGCCUGCCAAACCAUGUCACUGACACGACUUUGGACUUCCUGGCAAUAGAGAUUGAGAAAAAAAGGUACCAAAAGGCAUCAAUCUUGGGUGAGAAGGAUGAUUCCAAUUGAGGUAUCUUUACUCAUGAGUCAAGAGGUUGGUUGAAGAAUUAUCAGAUAGUGAGUGUUUCAGCCGAAAAUCCUCAGUAGCAAGUCUUUCAGGAGAAGAUCCUCUUGGAACUGACCCGACAUUUUAACCGAUAAUGGAAUUACGUCAGAUUGGAACAGCAUUCUACAAUUGCUAGCCACCUAUGCACAGAUUAAUAUCAAAUUAGCCGAUUGUGUGUCAUCCCAUGGUUUCAUUGCAUGUUUCAGAUUCACGGAUUUCCCCUAGAUGGUGUACCUGGUUGCUUGAUAUAAUUUAGAGGAAGAUGUGCCGCUCUGCAAAAGGUCAUCAUACUGCGAAGGCUCAAUUAGUACUUCCAACGGCUUGAAGUUCAAUAUUGCCCUUCAGGAGAAAUAUAACAUCAGGAACGGGUACUUGAAAAGCGACUUAAUUUGAAGCCCAUGUCUGUUGAUCAUCAAAAUGGAUUAUUACUGCUAAUUUAUCCAAGGCAGAUUGAAGCUAAAUUUAUGUAUUAGGUUGGGUAUAUAUCAUUAAAUGAUUGAUUCCUUGAAGCUUUGCACAUUUCUUCUUCAUGUAUCUCGUUAAACAAUCAGAAUACUUUUAUAUUUUUCGAA